ACGCGUGAGGCAUGCUGGGCUGGAAGGAGGAAGUGCAGUGGGGAGGAGGGGAGGGACCGCGCAUCCCCAGCGCCGCCGCGCCGCCUCGGACUGCGCCACAUGGAGCGGUGCGCGCCUGGAACAGCUUCAUACUGCACCCGAGCCGAGGACUAACAGAGUAUCUGCACAGGAUGGAGACCGAAGAGUCACAGGAAAUGUCCCAAAUAGCAGGGACGGACAGCCCCACUACUAACGAGGGAGGAGAAGAGCAAGAAGAGGCCAUGCCUGUCCCAGAGGACCUGUCCACCAGCACAGGUCUCCAGAGCAACACUCGCACUGACAAAGCAACAGCCUGCAAUAUAAAAGUUGAGGCUCGGAGUGAUGAGGAGAACGGGCUGGCCGCUGAGAUGAAUGGCGAGGAAGAGGAGUGUGUGGCCGAGGACUUGCGCAUGCUUGAUGGCUCAGGGGCCAAAGUGAACGGCUCCCACGCAGGCCCAGACAGCAAGCCAGCGCCCGCCUACCCUAUGGCCGGGGGCAUCCGCCUCCCCAAUGGGAAGCUCAAGUGUGAUAUCUGUGGAAUAGUUUGCAUUGGGCCCAAUGUGCUGAUGGUGCACAAGCGAAGCCACACUGGUGAAAGGCCCUUCCAGUGCAAUCAGUGUGGUGCCUCCUUCACUCAGAAGGGCAACCUGCUACGCCACAUCAAACUUCACUCCGGAGAGAAACCCUUUAAAUGUCACCUAUGUAACUAUGCCUGUCGCAGAAGAGAUGCCCUUACCGGACACCUUCGCACACAUUCUGUUGGAAAGCCCCACAAGUGUGCGUAUUGUGGACGCAGCUACAAGCAGCGAAGCUCGCUUGAAGAACACAAAGAGCGAUGCCACAACUACCUGCAGUGCAUGGGCCUUCAGAACACCAUCUACUCAGUGAAGGAAGAGAACAGCCAGUGUGAGCAGAGGGAAGACUUAAACCUGGCUGCGUCUGAGAGAGCUUUGGUGCUAGACAGAAUAGCAAACAAUGUAGCUAAGCGUAAAAGCUCUAUGCCACAGAAGUUUAUAGGUGAGAAGCGCUUUGCUGACCUCUCAUAUGAGAACAGCUCAGGUGAGAUGAUGCAGCCAUCAGCAGUCAUUGACCAGGCCAUCAACAGUGCCAUAAGCUACCUGGGAGCUGAGGCCCUGCGGCCACUGGUUCAGACCCCGCCAGGCUCCACCAGUGACGUGGUUGUCAGCCCCAUCUACAACCUGCACAAGGCCCAGUCGGCUGAGAGCAAUGGCUUGUCAGCUAAAGAUAGCGCAGCCGAGAACUUGCUCCUGCUUUCUAAGUCCAAAUCUGCACUGAGUGAGAAAGACGGCUCACCCAGUCACAGUGGCCAGGACUCCACUGACACCGAGAGCAACAACGACGAUCGGGCAGCUGGGGGAGGAGGACCGGCGGCAAGUGGUCUCAUCUAUCUGACCAAUCAUAUGGCCCCGGGUGCACGAAACGGAGCUUUGCCCCUGGUGAAGGAGGAGCAGAGGCACUAUGACUCUCUGCGGGGGGUGGGAAUGGAGCUAGGCAUGUCAGUGGCUACAGAGGGCUUUAAAGUGCUAAGUGCUGAGGGUGAGGAAGUGAGGGCAUAUCGCUGCAUCCACUGCAGGGUGCUCUUCCUGGACCAUGUCAUGUAUACCAUUCACAUGGGAUGCCAUGGCUUCCGAGACCCCUUUGAAUGCAACCUAUGUGGCUACCGCAGUCAGGACCGCUAUGAGUUCUCCUCACACAUCACACGUGGAGAACACCGCUACUGAGCACACACACACACACACACACACACCCACCUUAUUCAUAUAGAUAUACCAGCAUACCAACGAAUACACAGUCAUCAAAAAUACACGUGUGUAUAAUUGUUUUUUAAUGCAUUGUCUGAACACUGUGUGCAUGCUGAAAAGUUCAAAUUAUUAAUUUAAUAUACACUGAUUAAUGUAGACAGAUGUAAAUAUAAUUCAUUGCCAUGUCUAUUUUUCUAAAACUGUUUGAGUUACUGAUAAAUAUAGGAAAAUACCUACAAAAAAAAAGCAGUACUGAAGAAUGGAAUUAAAAUUGAAGAGAGACAGUGAAUUGUUUUGAAGAGAAAAUCUCCUUUUUUUCUUGGAUUCACAGCAUAAAUAAAAUGUUUUGGGAGCAGCAUUCAAUUUAUUUAAAAAAGCAAGUUAUAUCUUGAAAGAAGCAACACAGUCUUCUGUGUUUCUCACUGGUUUGGCUUAAUAUUUUGUUUAUGAAUUAGUACUCACCUAUUCUACUUGUAUAUUUAAAUAUACAGAUUGUCAAAACUAUUAAAAUACAACUUCAAGUGUUACAUGUGAGGGCAAAGAUAUAAGGCAAUAACGAAUGUAUCCACUACCAAUCAAAAGCUUGGACACACUAGUUUGAAUCUAUUUGUCAUUGUCUUAAAGAUCGUUUGAUUGACUUACUGAAAUCUGUUUCUAGGUAAAUAAUGAGGUUGAAUAAUCAUGUAAAAUGUAUAAUAUUUUGUAAGCCAUUUAUAAUUCAUUUGAGUAGUUGUUGCUGAAGAAUCUAAUUGUUUCCCCUAACAAGAAUUUUUCCAUUUAGGAUGACCCGACCUCAAAACUCGAAAUGUGAGAAAUUUAAGAAAUGCCUCUUGAAGAAAAGUGUCAUGAAGCUGGCUCAGAAGAUUCCGCUAAGCUUCAGCAGGAGUACUAUUAAAAUAUGUUCAAUAUCCCAGUGUUAAUGUUUUCAUUACUAUUCUAAAACAGCACAAAAAACAAAAUGAAGAGCUGGUGUGUCCAAACUUUUGACUGGAAGUCUGCUUCUUGUAACCCAGUGUUUACCCAGAAUUUAUCUCUUAUCAGAGAACUAUAUCCCCAUUUCCCAUCUUUAUGUAUUAUAAGCAGCUUUUUUGGUCCGUUGUAUUUCUUUUUUAUCUUCAAGUUUUUUUUUGUUUUUUUUUUAUUAUUAUUUAACCAUAGAUUUUCACAUUGUUUUGUUUUAAAAUGUGGAUAUAUUAGUAUCAGUAAUGGUAAAACAUGCUUGCAAAAUAUCAAUAAAAACAAAGUACAUUCAA